UUUCAGUGAGGGAGUGAGAGAGUAGUCGAGAUCUGUGUUCGCAGUGUUUUUAUUCAAAGAAAGACCACAUAUUUCUCUCAUAAGCCUCACCAUGGUAGAUAGAAAACCCUGUAAGGUGUGUAAUUUCACACGGCAGAAAUCUUACGGCCUGGUUGUUCCCUCUCUGGAUGAGCUCAAGCAGAAAGGGUGUGAGUUUCUUGGGUACAACCCCAGCAGUCCAGUCACGCUGGUUCUCGACAACGAUGGGACAAUAGUAGAAGAUGAAUCCUACUUUCUCUGUUUACCCACAAAUACUAAGUUCAUGCUGUUGCAAGAAAAAGAGACGUGGUCUCCAGCUCGAACGUUUGAAGGUGGCACAGUUUGGAUGGCCAGGGAUUCUAUGAUGCUGGAGUCGGACGCUGUGGAUACCUCAAGUACCGCCUCACCCUUUUGGUACCUGGCCCAGCAGCUGAAGCAGGACCUGGCCAGCAUCAUCCUCAUGUCUGAGGCGGACCUUCAGAGCCUCGUGGAUGCCCCGUGUCCAGAACUGGCAUCCGCUCUGGGCUUCCCAGAGAAGAAGGCCGCGGACCUCCAGGAGACGCUGCAGAGUGUCUUAGAUCGACGGGAGGAGGAGAGGCAGUCCAGGGAGCUGCUGCAGCUCUACAUCAACGCUGUGUUGAAAGAGGAGAGACAACAGGAAGAGGUCAACCAGCUCACCCAGUCAGGAGCCGGAGCAGCGGACAUGCUGGACGCCACAGAGGUGGACUCAGCAUCUGGAUUCAUGCCAAGGACACUGAUGGUCCUGAAAGGCAAAACAAGCCCCGAGACCAGGCUUUCCACUGAGGAUCUGCAGGCGGUUGUGACAAAAGGGGUGGAGGCCAUGGAGCGAGUGCUGGGCUGGGACAAAGCCAGGACCUCCACGCUGGUGCGGGCCUGCGAGGCCGAGCUGGAAGCGCGUCUGCAGAGGAUUCAGGCCGUGCAGUCCAUCAGGAGCAGCGCACAGCCGGACAGCAGCCAGCAGCCCGGCGAGGAAAGCGGGGAGGGGGGCGUGGAAGCGCCGGCUCAGGGUAGCGACUAGGCCGAGGCGUCACCUGAGCAGAGACUGAUAAGGACGCACGUGGCCUCCCUCAGGGUCAGCAAAAUGGGAUUUACUUCUUGUUACUGAUGGUGUCUCUAAUGCUGGAAUACAUGAAUGCUAAAGAUGUUGACAUUUGGAUCAUUUUGUAAAACCUCUCUGGAUUUAUUGGCCUCCAGAGGAAAUCGGGGUGAAUUUUCACAGUCAUAUUUAUCAAAGACAUGGCGAUAUUAACCUCUGGCAUCUACUUUUUGUUGACUGUUGACUUGUUUUGGUGAGCCAGAAUGACUACAGAUAAACAUAUCCACUUAAAAAAAUCAAAACUGUGGUGUAACAUCAUGUGAAAGAGCAAUUUCUUUAGUGAUUCCUGACAUGAAAUGUCAGGAAUCACUCGGCUUUUAGACACGAGCUUUGGUUUGAUCAAACUUAACUUCAUCACAGUCCAAGACUGUGUUGCUUAAUAGUUAAAGCAGAAUACAAAGCACAAAAAUACACAAUCUGUCCUCUACACUCACUUUAUUCUAUGAAAGGUCACAAGGUGUUGGAGCCGUUCCCAGCUAACUGGAUACACCCUGGACAGGCUGCCAGUCCAUCACAGGGCAAACACACACACAUUCACACCUAGGGGGAAUUUAAAGGAUAAGUUCGGUUUAAACAGUUUUCACGUUGUUUAUAGAACGAAGC